GACGGGGCCCGCCUGGAUGCCGAGGUUCGAGGAGCUCGAUACCACCAACAUGCUCCUCAAGCAGCGGAUCGUCUUUCUUGGCUCUCAGGUGGACACAAUGACUGCUGAUUUAAUUAUUAGUCAGCUGUUACUUUUGGAUGCAGAAGACGAUAAGACGGAAAUCAAGCUGUUUAUAAAUUCACCUGGUGGUUCCGUGACAGCAGGUAUGGGAAUAUAUGAUGCUAUGAAGCUAUGCAAGGCUGAUGUUUCUACUGUUUGCAUGGGUCUUGCGGCGUCUAUGGGCGCCUUUCUGCUUGCUGCUGGAACAAAAGGAAAGAGAUAUUGUAUGCCAAAUGCAAGAGUCAUGAUCCAUCAGCCACUAGGAACAGCUGGAGGCAAAACAACAGACAUGGGUCUACAGAUAAGAGAAAUGAUGUACCAUAAAGUGAAGAUGAACAAAAUACUGUCAAGAAUUACAGGGAAACCUGAGCAGCAGAUUGAAAUAGACACGGACCGUGACAAUUUCAUGAACCCUUGGGAGGCAAAAGAAUACGGCUUGGUAGAUGCUGUUAUAGAUGACGGGAAACCAGGCCUUGUUGCACCGAUUGCUGAUUCCACACCACCGCCCAAAACCCGUGUUUGGGACUUGUGGAAGAUCGAAGGAAGCAGAAAAGCCAAGCAAAAUCUGCCUUCAGAGCUGAAAAUAUCUCAGAACGGUCUCAAUGGCAGGAACAAUGGAAGCAGUGACAAGGAGAAUGGCUCUGAGCAGGAAAAGGAGGCACAAACUCCAGUAUAGGGGAACAUCAAGUUGACUAAGUUUGUAGUAGGAUUGAUUCGAUAUGUUGCGUUCAGGAAACUAGAUGCAAGGCGAAAUUGAAAUUUGCUUACAAAAUUUGUAAUAGAACCGUGUUACUAAAUUUAAGGGAAAUGUGCUUUUACGAGAUGCCCACAUGGUAACAUAUUUCUCUUUGUUGUAUUUUAACUUCUGAAAGUUGAUGGACCUCCUCUUUGAUUAGUC